CAGAAAUGGGAGUGGCCGGGAUAGGGCUUAGAACUACAACUCCCAGUAGCCAUUGCGGCCGCAGCCGCGCUUUCAUACAACAGCCAGAGCGCCCCAGUCUUAAGCAAAAAAGCGCGCGAGGGCCGGACUACGAGUCCCAGAAGGCGCGGCGUCAGCAGCCAUGUUGGUAAAGGGCGCCCGGAAGAUGUGGAAACGGCUAGUGAGUCGUAGUCCUCCCAAAUACUCUGAUUGGUCAGGAUACGGUACCAGGGCAGGGCGCGAGCGAUUCAGCAUAUUAUCAUUGGAUGAAUCAGGGGGCGUGGUGGGGAAUUUCCCGCAGGGCGGAAGCGCCAGAACUCCGGCAAAGCCCAGCUACAGGCGAGCGACUGCGGGGGGCCCCUGAGGUGGCGGGGGCCAUGGCUGGGGUCGCGUGCUUGGGAAAAGCUGCCGACGCAGAUGAAUGGUGCGACAGCGGCCUGGGCUCCCUGGGUCCGGACGCAGCGGCCCCCGGAGGACCGGGCUUGGGCGCCGAGCUGGGCCCGGGGCUGUCGUGGGCGCCCCUCGUCUUCGGCUACGUCACUGAGGAUGGGGACACGCUUCUCAGCCGGCACUGAGUACAUGGACCUGCAGAAUGACCUAGGCCAGACGGCCCUGCACCUGGCAGCCAUCCUGGGGGAGGCAUCCACGGUGGAGAAGCUAUAUGCAGCAGGCGCUGGGCUGUGUGUGGCAGAGCGCGGGGGCCACACGGCGCUGCACCUGGCCUGCCGUGUGGGGGCACAUGCCUGUGCCCGUGCCCUGCUUCAGCCCCGCCCCCGGCGGCCCAGGGAAGCCCCGGACACCUACCUCCCUCAGGGCCCGGACCAUAAUCCCGACAUCAACCAUACCCCUGUCGCCUUGUACCCUGAUUCCGACUUGGAGAAGGAAGAAGAGGAGAGUGAGGAGGACUGGAAGCUACAGCUGGAGGCUGAAAACUAUGAGGGCCACACCCCUCUCCACGUGGCCAUUAUCCACAAAGAUGCGGAGAUGGUCCAGCUGCUCCGAGACGCCGGAGCUGACCUCAACAAACCGGAGCCCACGUGUGGCCGGAGCCCCCUGCACUUGGCAGUGGAGGCUCAGGCGGCCGACGUGCUGGAGCUUCUCCUGAGGGCAGGUGCCAACCCUGCUGCCCGCAUGUACGGCGGCCGCAGCCCCCUGGGCAGUGCCACGCUCCGGCCCAACCCCAUCCUUGCCCGCCUCCUCCGUCAACACGGAGCCCCUGAGCCUGAGGACGAGGACGACAAACCCGGCCCCUGCAGCAGCAGCAGCAGCGACAGCGACAGCGGAGACGAGGGCGAUGAAUACGAUGACAUUGUGGUUCACAGCGGCUGCAGCCAAACCCGGUUGCCUCCCACCCCAGCCUCGAAACCUCUUCCUGACGACCCCGGCCCCAUCUGAUUCAUUUGAUUGUUAAUAUAAUUUCCAAUUUAAUAAAUAAAACCCCAAUUCUGAAAACCAGAAA